AUGGCAAAACCUCCCCAUAUAUUGCAAAAAGGUGCUGUCGUCCAGCACCAUGCCAGAGUCCACAUCCUAAAAGAUCGAAUGCCUAAGGGAAACACGGAAUCCUUGGCGACGAACAUCCGUCUCGUUACACAGAACUGCCGGUCGCUGUCAGGUGAACUUCAACAAGCCGCUCUAUCCAGACUUCUGCGAUAUCUGCAUGCAUCGUUUGCUGCAUUGCAGGAAAUACGCAUCAGAGAUCGCUCUCUCAUCAGUAUCGAUAAUUACAACAUACACUGUGCCGAUGCUGAUUGGACGAAAGUAAGUGGCUACGCGAUAGCUGUGAGGGACGAUUACAACAAUCUGGUGGAGGAUUUUGGCUGA